UGCUUGAUGAGGGUGCAGCCAAGGGCAUUGUACUUAGCAAAGGGAAGAAGAGAAAUGCACCAUUUGGCAAAGAGAACAUGCCAACAGAUAAGGAAUGGGAUGAGUUGUCAUCUGAUGAGGAUGAGUUGGAGUUACCAGAUUCUGAUGAAGAGGGUCAGGUUGGGAGGAAUAUGAAGACCUUCAGGCCAGAGGACAUGCAGAACCCUAUUUUCAAAAUUGGAAUGAAGUUUGCAUCAGUAGAAUUGCUCAGAAAGGCUAUUACAGAGUAUAGUAUCAAACAAAGGGUGGAGAUAAAGAUGCCAAAGAAUGACAGGACCAGAGUGAAAGCCCAUUGUGAUGCAGGUUGUCCUUGGUACUUAUUUGCUUCUUUUGACUCAAGGAUGAAGUGUUUCUUGAUCAAGUCUUAUGUUGGGGAUCACCAUUGUCAGAAGAAAUGGGUGCUCAAGAAGUGUACUGCAGCAUGGCUAGCUAACAAGUAUGUGGACAAGUUUAGGGCUGAUGAGAAGAUGAGCCUGACAAAUUUUGGUAGGACUGUUCAGUUGGAGCUAAACUUGACCCCAUCUAGGAUGAAGCUAUGUAGGGCACGGAGGUUGGCGUGGAACAUCAUUUAUGGAGAUGAAGUGGAACAGUUCAACCAACUAUGGAAUUAUGGUCAUGAACUCAGGAAGACAAAUCCAGGCAGUACCUUCUAUCUGAACUUGCUUAGUGGGUACUUCACAAAGAAGGCAGGACUACCAGCUGUUAAGAAAACAAAAGGAGCAACUACAACUACAACUACAGCUGAGCCAGAGCAGCAACCAAUUUAUGAAGAAGAAUAUUCUCAGGAGGCUUCACAGAAUCUGAGGCAAACUCCAAGCAGUCAACCCUUGCUAGACUCUCACUACAUCAUCUCCAAUCUCCCACCAGCAAGGCAUGCUCCACUUACAACAGCAACAAAGGCUGGAAGGACCAAGAAAGUGAAGAAGAACACUACUGGCUCUAGUAAGAAGACAGUGAAGGCCAAGAAAGGAAAGGGUCAAUCUGGAGGGUAG